AUGUUUGAAGGCUUCCAACCAUUUACUGUCACCACGCAGGCUUCGCCGGAAAUGACAAUAUACGGCAUCAAGAGCGGGGAUUCGUCAUCCACACUCCCGCCCCUCCUUCUACUCCACGGCUUCCCUCAAAGCCACCACAUAUGGCAUCGAGUUGCCGAGCAACUCAUCGAACAGUACACUAUUGUCUUGAUCGACAUCCGGGGCUAUGGCAAGUCGUCAAAACCAGGCGAUGUGGCCUCUUAUGCUAAGAGUGCCAUGGCCCGCGAUUGCGUGAGUGUCAUGGACGGCCUCGGCUACGCCAGCAAACCGUUCUUCGUAUGCGCGCACGACCGCGGCGCCCGCGUUGCGCAUAAGCUCUGCGUCGACUUUCCCGACCGUGUGCGCAAGGCCAUCUUUCUCGACAUCUGCCCGACCCUCGUCAUGUACAAGACGACCAACUUCGACUUUGCCAAGGCGUACUUCCACUGGUUUUUCUUGAUCCAGCAGGAGCCGCUUCCCGAGAACAUCAUCAACGCAUCGCCGAGGCAGUUCGUGGAGCUUUUCAUGGGCGGCCGCCAACCCAAGGCAUUGGAGAUUUUUGACAAGGACAACUUCGAGUACUAUGCCAGUGUGAUGGAGCAACCGGCUGCUGUACACAGCAUGUGCAACGACUACCGCGCAAGUGCGACGUUGGACCUCGAAGAGGCGGAGGCGGACCUAGAGGCUGGGAGAUUGAUCCAGUCUCCCUUAAUGGUGCUCUGGGGCAAAUAUGGCGUGAUCGAAAAGUGUUUUGAAGCCGUCAAAGAGUGGCAAAAAGUUACGAGUAACGACGUUUCGGUGAAAGGCAGCAGUGUUGAUUCUGGACAUUACAUCCCGGAACAAGCACCAGAAGAUGUCAUCAAAGCCAUUACUGAAUUUUUUGUUUAG